GUCAUCAAAAUGUAUCAGCAACUUGGAAAUAGAUGGGCUACUAUUGCUGGAAAAUUGCCAGGAAGAACAGAUAACGAAGUUAAAAACUUCUUUCACACACAUCUAAAGAAGCAUCUUGGACAGAUAAAAAAUAAUAAUAAUAAUAAUAUUGAUGCCCCGGUGAAGUCUAGGAGGGCAAGAAAACCGAAGAAAAAGUCCAGCAAAGCUCAAGAAAAACCUCAAUUAUUUGUCGAUAUUUCUGAAACAUGGAGUAACAUGAACACUACUAAUUUGAUGAUAUCACCAAUGGGUGGUUCUUCUUCACUAUCGAGCAGUAGUAUUAUUACAUUCGAUCAAAAUGAAAAGAUUGAUGAACCAAAUCCGAUGAUUGACAUGGAAAAGACGGUACUUAUCUUGGAGAGUAAUCCAGCUGCAACGACUACUCAUCAUCAUCAAUCAUCGUCACAUAGUAAUAUUGAUUACUUCGAUCAAUUUGUUGACAAUACUUCAUUUUGGCUUUAUCUACUUAAUGAUGCCAAUCGUAUUAUUUUAUGA